AUGCUUAGAAGGGAAGCUACCUCUAUCAAACUAUCUGCUGAGGAUGUGUUGGACUACGAUGAAGCAUUAGAGGAGAAACGUUUACAGCAACAACAAGAGAAACAGCUACAGCAACAACAGCAGCAGCAGCAGCAGCAACAACAACAACAACAACAGCAACAGCACCCUACGAAUCUGAAUGAAUCAACCAUAAUCAAUCAACCUACCCACCCUGCAUCUGACUUUAAUUCAUCAAAUAUAUUACAAGAACAGUUGAAUAAUACAGACGAGUCGUUGCGAGAGUCUCGAACAAGGUCCAAAAAUGAUAGAAUCUUAUAA